AUGACGUGGCGUUCUUUCUGUUUCUCUUUCUUGUGUGCUCUUUUCCCGCUGCAAUGCUGCGGUACGGGAGCGACGGACCCGGAACCAUCGUCCAUUUACACUGCGGACAUGGCCGUUGUGGGCUAUCACAUCAUGGAGAAGGCGGACUGCGGUGUCUACGUCUGGAAGGAUUCCCUAAGAACUGCCAAGCCGAUGCUCAUUGAUUUCAAGCAGAAAUUCACCACAUGCAGCGGGUAAGUUGACCGAUCUAAGGUUGCAUGUGAUGGUGCAACUGGAGUUUCAAUCCCAGACUUGAGAAAAGUUCAUUUUCGAUUGAGUCCAGCCACAUUGCCAAUUUUGUGCUUAUUUUUUUUAAGGUCCGCCGUCGCGGCUGCUUUCUGUUUUUUCGGCCCGAACAAUUCAAUAUUUCUGACCUUUUAAAUUAGGUAUGGCACGUGGGCCGACGUUUUCGCAGAAAUCGAAAAGCAGCUCGCGGUGAAACCCCGGGUUGAAUAUCAGCAGCCGGUGCGAUUCUUCACACCGGAUGGUCAGCCACUGGAUGGGGGGACCAGUUCCAGCGCACCGCUGCCGCAGUCUUUUUUCCUGCUCGAGGGCGGCCAGUGGCAGUGGCCACCGGUCCGCAAAGGGUUCGAGCACGUCAUCGCGAUCGCAGGGCACCGGACCGUGAAGCUGGUCACUCAAGCCGUGGUGCCCUCGGUUUUUUUCGUAUCCGGUUUGGUCACGGGGGAAGAGGCGGAGGGAUUGAUCGCGUACGCCAAGCCGCGGUUCAAGGAGUCCAACGUGAUCAAAAUGGACAACGAUCUCGACGGAGACACGAAGAAGUACCGCACCAGCCUGGAUUACCGCCCGAAGGCAAACGAAACCGCACUGAUCACGACGUUCCAGGCAAGAGCAGCAUCUCUCACCAAGCUACCCAGCAGCCACCAGGAAGAACUGCAGAUACUGAAGUACGACACGAAGGGAUUCUACCACGCCCACGACGACGCCUCGAAUCUGAUUUACUACGCGCAAAACGACCGGCUGUUGAUGGACAAGCACUACGGUUACUUCGAUCGGAUGCUCACGCUGUUCUGGUACCUGAACACCGUGCCCGAGGGCGGCGAGACCAACUUUCCGGUCGCCGACGGGGCCCCGUGGCCCAAGUCCAUGGCCAGUUGCAGUCAGGGCUUGAUCGUCAAAGCCGAGCAGGGGGCCGCUGUACUUUGGUACAACAUGGACGCGACGGGGAUCGUCUCCAAGCACGCCCUUCACGCGGGUUGCAAGGUUUGCUGCUGAUAUCUUUUUUAUUGACGCAGCAGCUCCUGCAAGAGCGCAGCGAUAGUAGAAAGAUGAAUACAUUGACCGGAUGAACUCCUUUGAUAAUUACUGCAUAUGAACAAGAAUAUUGUUAUCUUGAAGCAUCCCAGCAGUGCAUUGCACAGCCACACGAUGAUAUUGAUGAAAACGGAGUUUUAAUACUACUCUGCUUAAAGGCGGCUGUCUUUGCGUAAAGAAAGAACGCCUGCUCCGAGAGCUUUUGUCGGCAACAUGCAUAUGCGCGGUUAGGGCGCUUGCACUCUGUGGAAAACUGAUGUGGUCUAUGUGUAAAUAUGCAGGUACUAAAGGGAACCAAGUACGCGAUCAAUGCGUGGAUUCACAAUAAGCCACGGAGCACACCGAUAGCAAAGUGGGAUCCGAAGCAUCCCCGGAUGGCCGCACUGGGUCGUGGCGAGGGGAAGGACGACGCGCCCGACGACGGUACGCGGCACCUGACCGUCAACACAGAUACGCCGAUCAAAGUGUUCUGGAAAAACGAAGCGACCAAGGAGGAGGUGUUCAUGCUAGACUUUCCAACCAUCCCGACGGGAAAACAAGAGCAUGAACGCAUCGCCACACAGGGACUGAAUACGCACCGCACGCACGUGUUCGUCGCGCGGGAUCGCGCAACCAACGAGAUCCUGAGCGAGUACCGGGUUUCCAACAAGCAUCGGGCAAAAAACCUCCGCUGGGACAUCUUAACAAGUAAACAAAAGUCAACACGCGAUAAAAAAGAAGGUAAGGACGAACUGUAGAACUCUUUCGUGUCACUUUAGCCACGACAGGGAUCGUGGAGUGCCUUGUUUGUUCACAGCGACAUGCAUUAUAGCAGCCUGGGUCAAGAAAGCAAAAUUCUCACCCGCGGCCGGGAUUGAAGGCAAUGAUAGACGACACAAAGGGCAAGGAUCCGCGCUGAACUACAAGCGGGCAUGGCUUAAAAGAAAUUGCGACAGAGAUGAGCAUACCUAGUAUCCGGAUUAUUUGCGCGUAUGAACAGCUCAAAAACGAGGCCGCACCCGGUCAGCAAAUUUGUAUGAUUUCGGUAACAUGCGGUAACAAUCUCUCUGGC